GGAGCUGCCCAAACAAACAAGACGUAUGAAUUUGUUCCAUUAUUAUUUGCUUUUCUCUCUCAAUAAGCAAAGCAAAGCAGAGUUAAACGGUCAACGUGUGAUAUAGCUCUAACCGGAAGGAGAAGAAACAGAAAUUACAAAUAGAGUCGUCAGCUAGCCGGCGAUGGAUCCUCGUUCUCCUUACCUUCACCACACCAGGUACGUCCCUCGCCAUCCUCAACCUCCACCACCUCCACCUCAAUCGCAUCCCCAUCCUGAUCAUCCUUUCCCCAAUAACCCCAAUAUUUAUGCAUCUCACCACUCUACCCUCAUUGCUGCACCUCCACCUCCACCUCUCCGACCACAACCACGUCCUCCUCCAACUCCAUCUUACCACUCUCUCCCUACCCCACCUCAAUUCAAUCCUCACGAUUCCCAAUUCUCCUACAAUCCUAAUACCUUUAAUUCUAAUCACCCCAGAUCACACCCUGAUGUUCAUAAUUUCACCCAAUCUCCUCCCCUUAUGCACCACAAACCCUUCGACGAUGAUCUUCCGCGUCGAUUACCCGAUUAUAUCCGUGAUAGCAGACCCGAUUUGAGGGACCCACCUAGGGUUUUGCCCGAUAGAUGGCCCUCUAGGCCCUACCCUCCUGCCAACGUGGAUUCAGACUCAUAUCGCCGUCCCCUAGAUAACCAGCCCAUGUCUCCUAUGAAGAUUAGGCGUGAAUUAGAAGGCAAUUCCAGGUUUAUAGAGGAACACAAACAAAGGGAAGAACUUCGACUGGGUCGUGGUGAUGACAAUUAUCAUCGCCGCAGUCAAUUUGGAUCCACUUCAGAUAGAUCUUCAAGGGAUUUCCGAAUGGUAUCGAAUCAAAUGAAUCAGAGUUCGCCCUGUGAGAAUCUGCGUGGUUUGCCGUAUGAUAAUCGAAUGAAUGAGAAUCAGAGAUGGGUACAUGGCAGAGAGGUGAACGGAGAUGCGCAUUAUUCCUUCAUUGAAAGGGGGAGUAAUGAGAUUGGGGACCCUUCUGAAAUUCGAGUUGCUACUGGGAAACGUGAGCAUUAUAGGUGUAGAGAAGUGAAUGCACAGUUGGAAAGACAUAGUAGCAAGGGAAGUAGAGAGGAUAGUUAUGAGUUUAGUCGAACUUCAAGGAAGCCACUACAGAAAAAGAGUGUUCUUCUUAGGAUUCAAAAGCCUAAUUAUAGGAAUAGAGAGGAUGAAAGGGUGCAUUAUUUGGGUUAUUUGGAUGAUAACAAAUCUAGUUCAUUUAGGGGUAAAGAUCAGAAUUUGUACCAGAAUCAUGAGAUGGGAGAGCAAGUGAGAGAAGGAAGCCCUGUAGAGCUUGAUGUGUCUUUCAAGUCCAAUUCCCUGGUAGCCAAGGCUAUUGCUACUCCAAGUUCUACAGGCGUUUCUGAUUUGCAUUUGACACCUAAGAAUGAGAAAGUAAGGAAAGUAGUGGGCCUUAAUAAGGAUAGUUCAAGUUCAUCAGCAAUUAAACCCAAUGAAGGUAUAGUAAAAUUGGAAAAUGCUGUAUUGGUAGCAAAUAAUGCUUCCAGUUCUGACAUGGACCUACUACAGUCCAAAGUGGAAGUUACAGCUUCUGUUACUGGCAACGUGCAAGUUAGUGGUUCACUGCCUGGUUCCAGUGGGACUAAAACCUCGCCUGGAAAUAGUAAAGUGGAGAGUUCCACUAAGGUUUCGGUGUCUAAUAAAGGUGGAACUAAUGUCAUUUCUGGUAAAACAUCUUCUCUCAAGGUUGCAAAGAAGAAAAAAAUUGUGAAGAGAGUAGUGAAGAAAGUCAUAAACCCUUUGAGUUCUUCAAGUUCACAGCCAACUACGAAGUGUGAUGGAUCUGUGACAGCAUAUGGCGUUGCCCAUGGUCUGCCUGCAUCCUCUGAACCUGAAAAGAGUUCUGCUUUAGUUUCAGUUGACAUUGUGGAUUCACAGCCUCACUUAAAUGAAACAAAUGUGGUGCCUGAGACUGAGAAUGACAGAGUGGAGGGAUUUGCCAAAGUCUUGGAAUCUGACAAUGACACAAUUACUGAUUCUAGUGGAUUGCGUUUACCUAAUAUCAAGAGAAAGAGGAGCCAUUCAACUUCUCCUCUGGGUUCUUCAAGCCAUGAAGAAAGCAAAAUCAAUGGGAACUUGGCAAAUGGUAAUUCUGCCAACUACUUGCAUGGUAUGUCCAGUACUGACAAGGAUUUUAGUAAACUGCUAAAUGAAAAUACUAGUUCUGACAUGGAUAGUGUUGAACCUGCCAGCAAGCAGCUUUGUCUGGAUGGAGGCUCUUUCUUGCUUGAGAAUAAUACAGCAAGCCUAUCUCCCAAGGUUUUAGGAAUGGAAACUAAUUCUGCUGAAGGCAAUACUGAUUUUGGUUUCUUAAGUUCUGAUGAAAUUAAAAUUCAUGAGGGUCCUGCAAGUUCAUAUAAUAUAACCUUGGGGUGUGAUUCUGAUAGCGGUUUAAUAUCGGAUGGAAUUACUGUUUCUAACAUUGGGACAACAGAUGUUAGUUGCAAGGAACCUUGUACAAAUCAGGGUAAACCUUUAGCGGAGAAUGGUGUUGUAGAUCAGUGUCUAAAUGCUAAUUUUUCUGUAGGAAGUGGCAAAAUUUUCUGUGAAUCAAAUUCAGGGGAAAGGACUAUUCAGAAUGUUGAUACAUGUGCGAGCUGUUCAAAUGAAGUACGGACCAUUUAUAGUUCUAACAGUGGUCACAUUAUUUCAGGAGAAAUUGAUUUUUCCAGCAAUGGGACUAUUGAUGAUGUUUGCGGGAGGCCUUCUUCAGAUAAGGUUAGUACACUUGAGAAUGUUCCUACAGGAGGAUCACUAAAUUGUACAAUUUCUACUGAUGGCAGCAAAGAGGAUACACCUAACAUCAAGAAGAGCAAUAAAAAUGUUGAAAUGCCUCAAUUACAUGUGUCAAAAUCAGAGGUGAAUAAUUCAUAUUUAAAGCCUGUAAACAUGGUUAACUCUGCAACUUGGGUCGAUACAACCUUAAGACUGUCUUUCGAAGAUCCUACUCCAACAGAGUUUACAGUUUCUGGUGAUGUUUGUGGGAAUGUUGGCUUGCGAGGUUGUACAGAUGGAAUCAGUGAUUUUUGCCUGAGAAGUUCACCAGAUGCGUUGGAGGCCAAUGCUUCAGGUAACAGCACUGUUAAUGUUGGUCCAAGUGGUACUUCAAAGCAGAAUCAAAAGAAAAGAAAAUUCUCUGGUUCUCAACUGGAAUCGACUUGUCUGAUAGCAUCUGGUGAGUCUGAGGGGCCUCUAACUGCAGGCAUCUCAGUAUCAGCUGUAGAAGUGCCCUGCAAUUCUGGCAGUGGUCUGAUGCAACCAGAACCAGAAACGACAGUCUCUGCCAUGAAUCCUUUGUUCACUUCUGAUUUCCCACCUUUGAAGAAGCAGAUCACUGAACCACUUGAUAAUUGUUCUGUGGGAGGAUAUCAUGGCACUGAGGAUUCACUUAUUGAUGGCUUUGAAGAUAGUGGUUUGAGGGGUGUCCAUUCUUGUUCGACUGUUUGGGAGCUGGCUGUCCAAAAAGUGCAAUCCCCUUGUCCAUCAGGAUCAGAAGGCAAGCAGAUUGCAGAGGCAACUCUAGUUAUGGCAGGAAGUAGUCAUCAAAACAACUCUAUUCUUAUAGAAAGUGGUGAGGCAGAAAAAAUGGAUGUAGAUGCUGGAGAAGAGCAAGAUAUUGCAGACAGUGGGACAGCUCAGUGCCAAUUUCCCUCAGAACUUCAGGUCCCUGACUCAGAUGAAAGAUUGCCUGGUACAGAUGUGGAGAAUGAUAGUUGUCAACAUAUAAAGAAUGAUUUACCUUCUAUGUCGAGCUAUUCGUCUUCAUUAGGAGAUGGUAAGGAAGUUUCUGCUACCAACUCCAGUGGUGCAGUUAUGGGGCUUGUGUCUGAUACAUUGCCUGAUAUGCUGAGCACAUCGCACAUCCAACUUUCCAUUGAAAAGGGUGGUGGGGAUGAUGAAAUCCUACUUGGGAAGCGUGCAAUUAAAGGUGGUUCUAACAUAUCCGUUGUUACUUCUGGUUCACCAAAUACUGAAAUUAAUUUUAACUCAGACCAUGGAGUAGAAAAUGAUCACUCAUUUAGUGGCAAAACCGGACUUUUGCCAUCACAGGAUUCCAUAAAUAGUACUCAAAUGGGGAAUACCAUGAGUGGAGAAGUAUAUGGGAGGAAGAACCAGCCUAAUCAAGCUGUUUCUAGGAUUUAUCCUGGUCGCUCAUCUGUGGUAUUUGCUUCUUCAAAAAAUACAGCCUCUUCAACCCAUAUCUCAAAGCCUCGAACAUGGCACCGAGCUGAUAAUUCCUCUACUUUUGGUCAGCCAGGAAACAAGGCUUUUUCAAGCACUGUUCCUACACAACGGAAAUUGCAUAAACAGAUAACAAAGUUCGAGAACACCUCUUACAUUCGUAAGGGUAAUAGUCUCGUCAGAAAACCUACCACAAUGGCUGCUCAAUCCCAGAGCUCUCAUGGUUUGAGUUCCUCUGUUUAUCGGCUGAACUCUUUAGGUACAGAUGAAGUGAAGAAGAAUGCUGGAUCUGACAUUAGAACUGGUGUUGUUGACCCAUCAAAUUUUGUACGAACAGGGGCGAAUGCCGCUUUUGAGAGGCCCAGAACACCGCCAUUAGCCAGUGCCACCAAAUUGCCAAAUCAUGCUAGCAGUUUUUUGGGGAAUUCUACAUCUUCCCCACUAGCAGAGCCUCUUCAUAAUUGUGCUACUGAAACUGCAUCAGAUCAUAUGACUUCUACAGCAAGUAAUGAUGUGCUAAACUCCUCUGAGAAUGCAAUAAUAAUUUCAGAAAAUCCCAUGACUCAAACUGGCCAAAUUAACAAUUUGGAUUGCCAUAAUGAACUAAACGAUGGUAAUGCAUUGUCUUCAAAUGCCAACAGUGUAACAUAUGUUAAGCGAAAAUCAAAUCAGUUGGUUGCAACUUCAAAUCCUAGUUCAUUGUCUGUUUAUAAUGCUCAUAAUGCCCCAGCCUUACCUUCUGAUGGCUAUUACAAGAGGAGAAAAAAUCAAUUGGUUAGGACUUCACUGGAAAGCCAUGUUCAGCCAGCAUUCAUCAUGCCCGAAGAAAGUGUAAAUCCUGAGGGGCAAGCUCCUCAUAACAUUACCUCCAGCAGAAGCUCGAGUAAGAGACGAUCUCGAAAAGCUGUGACCAAGACACAUAAACCUUCAAAAUUCGCUUUGGUCUGGACACAACGGAGUGCUCAGUUGUUGAAUGAUGAUGAUGAUUCAUUGCAUCGUCACAAGUUCUUGCCUCACUUGUUUCCCUGGAAAAGAGCAACAUACUGGAGAAGCUUCAUUACAAAUUCAGCUGCUAAUCCCAGUAAUAAUUCCUCAUCUGCAAUUAGUAGGAAAUUGCUGCUGUCCAGGAAGAGGGAUACUGUUUACACAAGGUCAAAACAUGGAUUUUCACUUCGAAAAUCCAAGGUAUUAAGUGUUGGUGGAUCUAGUUUAAAAUGGUCAAAAUCCAUUGAAAGGCGAUCAAAGAAAGCUAGUGAGGAAGCUACCCUGGCAGUUGCUGAAGCAGAGAGGAAGAAAAGAGAGCAGAGUGGUGCUUCAUGUGUUGUUUCUGGGACAAUGAACAGAAAUAGUUCUUCUCGUAAGUCAGUUCCUAGUAUAAAUUUGCACUCAGGUGAAAGGAUAUUUCAGAUUGGUUCAUUUCGCUACAAAAUGGAUUCCUCAAGGCGGACCCUUCAGAGGAUAUCCGACGAUGAUUCAUCAUACUCAGCAGCUUUUCAAACAGAAAAGGAUUUCAAGAGAUCUUAUGUUCCAAGGAGAUUAGUGAUUGGCAAAGAUGAAUAUGUUCGAAUUGGCAAUGGCAACCAACUUGUUAGAGAUCCCAAGAAACGAACACGCAUUUUGGCAAGUGAAAAAGUUCGAUGGAGUUUGCACACUGCCAGAUCACGAUUGGCUAGAAAGCGAAAGUAUUGUCAAUUUUUCACAAGAUUUGGGAAAUGCAACAAAGACGAUGGAAAAUGCCCUUACAUUCAUGAUUCCUCCAAAAUUGCUGUCUGCACAAAGUUUCUAAAUGGUUUAUGUUUUAAUUCAGACUGCAAAUUGACUCACAAGGUGAUUCCAGAAAGGAUGCCAGAUUGCUCUUACUAUUUGCAAGGUCUUUGCACCAAUAAAAAUUGCCCAUACAGGCAUGUGCAUGUGAAUCCAAAUGCAUUUACUUGUGAAGGAUUUUUGAGGGGAUAUUGUGCUGAUGGCAAUGAGUGUCGGAAGAAGCACAGCUAUGUCUGCCCCACUUAUGAAGCAACCGGAUCCUGUCCUCAAGGAUCCAAAUGCAAGCUUCAUCAUCCCAAAAAUAGAAGCAAGGGAAAGAAAAGCAAGCAAUCACGAGAGAAGAAGAUUGACCAAGGGCGGUACUUUGGUUCAACGCAUAUAAAUGUUUCUGAACCUGGAACUGCAGUGUCUGAAACACACUCAGCACAAGAUAAUUCUAAGAUUUGCUUUGAAGGAAGCAUUGCUGAUUAUAUGAUUCUUGAUGUUGCUGAUGCAGUCAGAGAAAAUAUCAAUUUAGCUGAUGAGCAAACAUCCUUUAGUGAGGGUGACCCUUUGGACUUAAAAUUAGUUGAUCCUGAUGAGCUAAUUAAACCAAUUCGAAUAAUGACCACCUGACAAAGUAGCAAUCUAUGGCAAGUGCUUAAGUGAGAAGCAGAUAAACCUGUGCCCAUGGAGACACUGUGCAUGGGGCAGAUAAUCAAUUUGAUCAUAUUUCUGUCUGUUGUCUGCAAUUGCAGGUGAAAGCCUGUUGGAAUCACCUGGGUUGAGAGGUAUUGAUUUUGAUGAGGUUAUACCUUGGGUUUGUGCAUAGGAUCUGUCUAAAUUUUUUGCUAUAGGAGUAUUUCUUGUUUUCUUUUACUUUCAUAGUCUUUUAUAGGAAUACUUAUUUUUUUGGGGGUAUAUAUCCAUCUGCAGUGUAUAUGAACAUUGUAAGAACUAAAACAAUUAAAGGAAAUGAUGCUGCAAAAGCAUUUGAUUA